GCCUAGGUAUCCAGUCUCCAGGAGCCAGAGAAAAUAAACCCACCAUGAGCAACUUCCUGCCCCAUCUUUGCUCACCAUGCAUAGGAUGAAAUGGUUCUUGUUCUUGCCUCUGUUCCUCUCCUGUAGUUAUGCUUUCAUGUUUUCUUCUCUGAAAGCCAAAGAUACUCAGGGGAAGGUAGCAUGCGGAGGACAUUUCCGGACCAGGCAGAGUCUACCAGAGCACACCCAAGGCUGGCUUGGGAGCAAAUGGCUCUGGCUUUUCUUUGUUAUUACACUGUAUGGGAUACUCAGGUUUCGAUCAGAUAAUGAGAAGAACAAGGAGCUGAGUACUAAUCUCCGAGGAUGUUCAUUACGCUCACCAGCAAAGAAAAAUCAAAAUGCCUCCCCCAAAAAAGACUAUGCGUUCAACACCUUAACUCAACUUGAGAUGGACCUUGUGAAAUUUAUGUCUAAGGUGCGAAAUCUGAAAGUCGUUAUGUCAGCUGGCAGUAACGUCAAGCAUUCGAGUGUAGACGGAUCUUCAGAUCCAGAUAAUAAUAGCAUCACGAUAUAUGAAAUCUGGGGUGAAGACGAGGAAUGAAUCCUUGGGAAUGGAUUUGUGUUCAAGUAGGAGAGAAAAGGUCGUGUUGACAAACCCUAUGCAAACUAAUAAAACUAUUCCGAAGAAA